AUGAGUGAUCCGCAGCAUAACGGUACUGAUGACGGUUAUGAUAAAGUACUAGGCCUUCUUGGUGGUGAUCCCAGAGAAGAGCUAGAUAUCCAAAAUGAAAUGGAUGCCAUUAGACACUAUAAUCAAGAUCCGGCAGAUUAUUCGGGUGGAACUAGCCCUGGUGACCAAAAUAUUAAUCUUUCGUUUGAUUUACCUAGAGCUACAGCCAGUUUAAAUGUAAAUGGGUUGAAAGAAACUAAUAUAACUAAUACUAGAGAAGAUACAAACACACUUCCGGAUACACAAGCUACCAUGCUGAAUACAGAUCUAAGUGACUAUAAAUCGAUGGAUCCAAAACAUUCGGUAGAGGAUCUGUCGUUGAAUAUUGAUUUGCAUUUAAAUUCUAAUUCCACCACAAACACGGAUUUAAACACUGAUACAGAUACAGACUUGUUGAAUAAUCACCAACAGAAGAAAAUUGUAAUUACUGGAGCCUCUGCAAAUACAACUCAUCCAAUAAUUUCAAGUACACUUUCAAAUACAAAUUCAAUAUCCAAUUCAAUAAUAAAUAAUAAUAAUGGGAUUUACUUGGAUGACCCAAUCCAAUUUACUAGAAUAUCAUCUACAUCUAUGGUGAAUGAGAGCUCUUCGGUGCCACCGUCUCCUUCAUCAUCUGCUUCUCUUUCAGCAUCAUCUUCCUCUGCUAAUACAGAUACUGAUGACGAAUACCAUCAUCAUACCCAUUCAAAGGAAAAUAAAACGAUAAAGAUUAAUCAUUCUCAUACCACAUCUAUUGAUAAUACUAUUACAAGUAAUAACAUUCAAGCUGAUUCCUCAUAUGCUAACGUGAAAAAGAAAUAUAUUGAUGUUAAAACUCCAAAUAAUAGUAAUAAUAUUUCGAAUUCUUUUAAUACCACUCUAGAUUAUGAUGAUGAGGAGUUAGCAGAUGAUUUCGAUAAUGAGCUUUCUAUGUUAAAUAAUAUCAGUACUGAUAAUUCUGGUAAUGGUAAUAAUUCCAUGGGGCUAUCUUCUUCAUAUUAUCAAGAUAAUACAAAUAUGAAUAAUUUCAGAUCUUCAACUCCUGUAGACCAUAGCACCACAAAUCCUAGUAGUAAUAGUACAAAUAAUAAUAAUAAUGCUACAAAAUUACAUAGUCGUAGUUCUUCUAUGUCAUUAAUUAAAGAAAAAUUAAACAUAACCAAUACAAAUAAUUCUAGUAGCAAUAACAAUAGAUUUUCUCAUUCAAAACAUAGCUCUAUGUCUUCAUCUAUUUCAAAUGUCAAGAUUGAAACUAAUUUCAACAGACAUACCAGAUCUUCGUUAUCAAUUUCGGGCCCAGUUUCCAUAUCAGGCUCUCCUUCGAGGUCUGCGUCUAAUUCAUUUUCUAAAAAUAAUAAUUUUAAUAAUAACAAUAAUAAUUGCAGUACCGGAAGUGGAACUUCAAGAAAUGUUAAUAAUUCUCCUUCUAGAUCUAUGUCAAACUCUUUUUCAAGAAAUAAUAGUAAUAAUAAUUUGAAAAUUUCCACUCCUACACUACAUCAAAGUCCCAAAUUACAAAUUAAUAUAACUUCCGCGUCUAAUAGUAAUAGUAAUAAUAACGAUAUGGGAUCCACUACAACAUCAUCUACAAAUAAUAUUAGAUAUAAUGUGAGUCCGUCAAUGUCUGGUAUGAAAAAUAGUAUAUCAAGUACAAAUACUUUAAAAAAAAUGCCAAAAUCAAAUAGCCCAAAACCUCCACACGUGCCAAGAUCAAAUUCCUCUCCAAGCUAUAAUAUAUCUUCAUCAUCAUCUUCUUCAACUUCUUCAUCACCAUCUACUAAUGGUAGUAAUAAUGGUAAUGUUAAAAGGAAAAGUGGAGGUAAUAGAAUGAAAGGUGUGUUUUCUUCAUUUGUUCAAAAUAUGAAAAGAAAUCCACAACCUGAAAAGAAAAAACAGCCUACUAAUUAUUUAAAUUAUAAAAAUAAUUCUAGUAAUAAUAGUUCGAAUAGUAUAAGUGGUAAUAGUAAUAGAAGUAGUAAUCACAGCAAUAAUAGUAAUAGAAAUAGUCCUAGUAGUUAUUCAAAAACUUCAAUUAAAAUUUCAACUCCAUAUAAUGCAAAGCAUAUUCAUCAUGUUGGUAUUGAUAGAAACACUGGUGAGUAUACAGGUCUACCAGAUGAAUGGGAAAAAUUAUUAACAUCAAGUGGUAUUACAAGGAAAGAACAAAAGGAGAAUAUGCAAGCAGUUAUGGAUAUUGUUAAAUUCUAUCAAGAAGCCACUGAAACAAGCGGAGAGGAUAAAGUUUUCAAGACUUUUAAUGUUAAUAAUUCAAUAUCAACUAUACCUUCCACUCAAUCGUUUAGAACUCCGUCAACUUCAAACAAUAACAAAUUUGAAAAUUAUAAUGAUUCUCCUUCAUUUAGUAUGGGUCAGCAAACCCCUCAAAGCCAUAGUAUGAGAAAUGUAACUCCAAGUUUCAGUGGUAGAAAUUCUCCAAUUGGAAAUAUAACAAUUUCUUCAAGUGAUGUUUCCAGUCAUACUUCUGCUGAAAAAUAUAUUCCAACAAGACCAGCACCAAAACCUCCUACUCAAUCCUCUUCUGCUAAUAAGAUACCUAGACACCCAUUAGCCUCAAAUAAUAGUAGUAAUAAUAAUAUAUCUUCUCAUUCAAAAGGUUCGUCACAAUCUUCUCCCAUAUCAAUGGUUAUUAAAAAUACAUCUCCAAUGCCUAGAGCAUCAACUAUUUCAAGAGCUGCUACUAUAAAAAAGGAAGAACAACCAUUACCUCCUUUACCUACUGAAAGGAAAUCUGAAGAAAAUGAAGAUAAUUUGAUAUCUGAUGCGAAAGUUGAAAAUGUAACACUAGCACCUCCAAGAGUAGAUGAAAAAAAUACUACAAUACCAAUAGAAGUUUCAAAAGUGGAGAUAUCAGAUGAAAAAACUGUACCAGUACAAAACAUUCCACCAAUUCCAAAGACUCAUGCUAUCUCUAAUGAAGAUAUAAUAAGAAAGCCCAAGACCAUUUCUCCAGAACGAAAAAGAGAAGAAAGAGAAAAGAAAAUGAAACAAUUAUAUGCUAAAUUACAUGAAAUAUGUUCCAGUGGAGAUCCAAGUAAAGUUUAUAGAAAUUUAGUGAAAAUUGGUCAAGGUGCAUCUGGUGGUGUUUACACUGCAUAUGAAGUGGGUACUAAUGCAUCAGUUGCAGUUAAACAGAUGAAUUUAGAAAAGCAACCUAAAACAGAAUUAAUUAUUAAUGAAAUUAUUGUUAUGAAAGAAAGUAAACAUAAAAAUAUAGUUAAUUUUAUUGAUUCUUAUUUAUUAAAAGGUGAUUUAUGGGUUGUUAUGGAAUACAUGGAAGGUGGUUCUUUAACAGAUGUUGUUACUCAUUGUAUUUUAACUGAAGGUCAAAUUGGUGCAGUUUGUCGAGAAACUUUAAAUGGGUUAAAAUUUUUGCAUUCUAAAGGUGUGAUUCAUAGAGAUAUUAAAUCAGAUAAUAUUUUAUUAUCUAUGCAAGGUGAUAUUAAAUUAACUGAUUUUGGAUUCUGUGCACAAAUCAAUGAAGUUCAUUUAAAGAGAACAACAAUGGUUGGUACACCAUAUUGGAUGGCACCAGAAGUUGUUUCGAGGAAAGAAUAUGGUCCAAAAGUUGAUAUUUGGUCACUUGGUAUAAUGAUUAUUGAAAUGAUUGAAGGUGAACCUCCAUAUUUAAAUGAAACUCCAUUAAGAGCAUUAUAUUUAAUUGCCACCAACGGUACACCUGAAUUAAAGGAACCUGAAAAACUAAGUUCUAUAUUACACAACUUCUUAGAUGCUUGUUUGAAAGUUGAUCCUGAAGUUAGAGCUACGGCUACGGAAUUAUUAGAAACAGAACUUAUAACUGAAGUAGCAUCCGAAAAUAUAUCUUUGGCCCCAUUAGUUAAAGUAGCAAGAAUGAAAAAAAUUGCAGAAGGUAUUAAUGAAGAAGAUGACGAUGAGGUUAAUGAAGAUGAUUAA